AUGAUAAAGUGUCCAUGUCCUAAAUGCGGGUUUCAACUUAUGCAAACAAAAGAGGAGGCAUACGACCAUAUGUUGUUACGACCAUUUCCCCCUGGAUAUACUAUUUGGGUGCGUCAUGGUGAGAAGCCGGUUGAAGAGAGGCCUGGAUUGGGACGAGAAGAUGAAAAUCUGAUAUCCCGAGUGAAUCAAAUGCACCAAAUGGUCAACGAUGCAUUCAAUUUCACGAUACCAAAUGGGAGUGAGGACAUGACAACAAUCGAGCAUGCAGAAGAUGAUGAAGACGUGUUACCGAACUUGUAUGAAGGUCCAAGUCGUGCGGCGCGAGAUUUUAACGAUCUACUGUCAGAUGGAGAGCAGGAGUUAUAUCCCGGAUGCUCAAAGUACUCCAAAUUAUCGUUUUUAGUGAAGCUUUAUCAUAUCAAGUGUAUGUGCGGUGUGAGUGAUAAGGCAAUAACAAUGAUUCUUGACUUGCUGCGCGACGCAUUCGAACAAGCAAAACUCCCAAAGACAGUGUAUGAAGCUAGGAAGACUAUAAGAAAGCUGGGUAUUGAAUACACCAAGAUAGAUGCUUGUCCAAAUGACUGUAUGCUGUACCGAGGUGAUGAUGAGAACCUGACUAGGUGCAAGAAAUGUGGAUGUUCAAGAUGGAAGCAGAAGCCUAAAAAGGGAUCUAUUAUUAGGCUCAACGUACCAGCGUCUAAUAACGAUGGUUUCCUUAGGCAUCCAAGGGACGCUGAAGCAUGGAAAAAGUUUGAUACAAAGUAUACUAAUUUUUCCGCGGAUCCGCGCAAUGUUCGCCUAGCCUUGGCGAGCGAUGGAUUUAAUCCCUUUGGGAAUAUGAGCACAAAGUACUCCAUCUGGCCUGUGAUUCUUAUUCCGUAUAAUCUACCACCCUGGAUUUGCAUGAAGCAGACAUCUUUCAUUCUAUCCACGCUUAUUCCUGGGCCGAAAAUGCCGGGUAACGACAUAGAUGUUUAUUUGCAGCCUUUGAUAGAAGAGUUGAAGCAAUUAUGGGAUGGCAUUGAAACCUAUGAUGCCAAAGAGGGAAACACUUUCAAGAUGUGUGCGGCACUAAUGUGGACUAUCAGCGACUUUCCAGGAUUAGGAAACCUAUCCGGCUGGAAUACGCACAGUGGGUUAGCCUGUCCUACGUGUAACUUAGAUGCUAAGCCACAUCGGCUGAAAGACAGUCAAAAAUGGUGUUUCAUGGGCCAUCGACGCUUUUUAAACCAGGGACACAAAUACAGACUAGACCGGAAUAGAUUUGAUGGGCAGGUCGAAGGUAGAGAUCCGCCAAAAAAGUUAUCCGGAACAGAUGUAUUGAGGCAGCAGUCUAAUGUGCACGUUUCAUUUGGGAAGAGUUCAAGUGUGACAUCUAAAAAAAGACGCAAUGGCCAGGAUGCGGAUGAAGAUGAUUCACAUUGGAAGAAGAAGAGUGUUUUCUUUGACCUCCCGUACUGGGAGGAUCAGAUGUUGCAUAACCUCGAUGCAUAUAGAGAAAAACGUGUGUGA